GCAGUGCCGGCCGCAGCCUGUCCUCCCCUGCUCGGAGCCCCGCAGCCAGCGCAGCCUUCCCGGGAAGCGGGACCGCCGCUCGCGAGCGCAGCCCUGCCCAGCCCGCCAGCCGCGCGUCCGGGUGCCCGCGCCCCACGGCCACAGCCUAGCUGCGCUAUAGCUCACGGAGCAUGUGCAGACCUACAGGCGCUAAGGUGCUAUCCGUCCGGGGGACUUAUGAGCAGUCGUGACUGUCACGCCUAGAGAGACCUUUCGGGGGCUGUCGCCGCGCCUCUGCGUCGCGGGUGACACUGCGGUGCUCGCGGUUAGGGCAGCAGCUGCCUCUUGGUGGAGGCGUCUUGGGCUCCGUGCGUCCUCCCUCUCCUUCCUCCUCUGCUCGCGCCUUCCUCCCCCCGCUGCUCGCUGCUUCCCUCACCCUCUCACACCCGCAGCCUCCCGGAGUGGGAAGCCGCGCGGCCCCGCCGUUCCUCUCCCUAAGGGGCCUCCUCACUUCGGAGAUGCAGUGACAAGUUAAUAUGGGCGUCCAAGCCUCGGUUUCCCAGGAGGAGAAUCGAAAGAGGGAACAGCCCCUGAGCGCCCAGAUCCCUUGAACAGGCCGCCUAGGACGCGCGAGAAACCCGCCUUCAGCAUCGGUCCAGGUGGAACCAGCUGAGCGCAGCGACCAGUCCUCUGCCCCAUCCUACAACCCGAAGGCGCGCUCGCCGGUUUGCUCUGACUCCCAGACCCGGGGUUUUCUUUUCUUUUCUUUUUUCUUUUUUUUUUUUUUUUUCCUCCGCUGGUGGUGGGCGCCUCGCGGGCCGAGGCCCGGCGCCUGCUCUGCUGCCCGCGCUGCCUUUAGCGGUCGCCUCCGCCGCCGCUGCCAGGGACGUGCUGGGAAAGCCGAAGCCCCGGGAGAAGAUGCCGGCCAUCCUGGUCGCCUCCAAAAUGAAGUCGGGACUGCCCAAACCCGUGCACAGCGCCGCGCCCAUCCUGCACGUGCCCCCAGCCCGGGCCGGCCCCCAGCCCUGCUACCUCAAGCUGGGAAGCAAGGUGGAGGUGAGCAAGACUACCUACCCUAGCCAGAUCCCCCUGAAAUCCCAGGGGCUGCAGGAGCCGGCGGGGGAGGGGCUCCCGCUGCGGAAGAGCGGCUCGGUGGAAAACGGGUUCGAUACCCAGAUCUACACGGACUGGGCCAAUCAUUAUUUAGCCAAGUCGGGCCACAAACGUCUCAUCAAGGACCUCCAGCAAGAUGUGACAGACGGCGUCCUCCUGGCUCAGAUUAUCCAGGUUGUGGCCAAUGAGAAGAUUGAAGACAUCAAUGGCUGUCCCAAGAACAGAUCACAAAUGAUUGAAAACAUAGAUGCCUGCUUGAAUUUCCUGGCAGCUAAGGGAAUAAACAUCCAGGGGCUGUCUGCAGAAGAAAUCAGGAAUGGCAACCUCAAGGCCAUCCUAGGCCUCUUCUUCAGCCUGUCCCGGUACAAACAGCAGCAGCAGCAGCCCCAGAAGCAGCACCUCCCUGCUCCACUGCCGCCUGCCGCGUCCCAGGCGGCCGGGGCCCCCUCCCAGUGCCAGGCUGGCACUCUUCAGCAACAGGUGCCGGCCACUCCCCAAGCCCCGGGCCAGCCUCUCCAGCCAGCGCCACAUCAGCAGUCAAAAGCACAAGCUGAAAUGCAGUCCAGUGCAUCAUCCAAGGACUCCUCUCAAAGCAAAAUCAUCCGCUUCACUCUGGGUCAGAAAAAGAUCUCUAGGCUUCCAGGUCCUACUGCAAGGGUAUCCACUGCAGGCAGUGAAGCCAAAACGCGUGGAGGGUCAACCACUGCCAACAACCGACGCAGCCAGAGCUUUAACAACUAUGACAAGUCCAAACCGGUCACCUCCCCACUUCCACCACCACCGCCAAGCAGCCACGAGAAAGAGCCGUUGGCGAGCCCAGCCUCCUCCCACCCCGGAAUGAGUGAAAAUGCACCUGUUCCUCUGGAAAGUGGCAGCAGCCCCUCCCCUGCUAACAGCGGCGCCUCCUCGGCCAUCCCCCAGCCCGGUGCUGCCUCCAAGCCCUGGCGCAGCAAGUCGGUCAGCGUGAAGCACAGUGCCACGCCGUCCAUGCUCUCGGUCAAGCAGCCCGUGCCCGAGGCCCCCAGGCCCAACCCCGAAGCCAUGAAGCCAGCCCCCAACAGUCAGAGGUCCAUGCUGGAAAAACUAAAGCUUUUCAACAGCAAAGGGGGUUCCAAGGCAGGCGAGGGCCCGGGGUCGCGGGACACGAGCUGUGAGCGGCUCGAGAUUCUACCCAGCUUUGAAGAGAGCGAAGAGACGGAAGCCACCAGUCGCUCGCUGUCCAUGGCGGGUCCCGCUUCCAACAGCCCCAAGAUCGCCCUCAAGGGCAUCGCCCAGAGAACUUUUAGCCGGGCGCUGACCACCAAGAAGAGUUCCCCGAAAGGCAACGAGAAGGAAAAGGAGAAACAACAGCGGGAGAAGGAAAAGGAGAAAAGCAAGGACCUCGCCAAGAGAGCCUCUGUGACAGAAAGGCCGGACCUCAAAGAGGGGCCGAAAGAAGACCCCAGCGGGGCGGCGGUGACCGAGAUGCCAAAAAAGUCCUCCAAGAUCGCCAGCUUCAUCCCCAAGGGGGGGAAGCUCAACAGUGCCAAGAAGGAGGCCACAGCCCCUUCCCACAGUGGAAUACCAAAACCAGGAAUGAAGAGCAUGCCCGGGAAGUCCCCAAGUGCCCCUGCCCCUUCCAAGGAGGGGGAGCGGAGCCGGGGCGGGAAGCCGAGCUCGGGGCUCCCCCAGCAGAAGCCCCAGCUGGACGGCAGACACUCCAGUUCCUCCUCCAGCCUGGCGUCCUCAGAAGGAAGAGGCCCUGGAGGGACCACCCUGAACCACAGCAUCAGCAGCCAGACCGUCAGCGGGUCCGUCGGGACCACCCAGACCACAGGAAGCAAUACCGUCAGUGUUCAGCUACCUCAGCCCCAGCAGCAAUACAACCAUCCCAACACUGCCACCGUCGCGCCUUUCCUGUACAGGUCCCAGACAGACACCGAAGGGAAUGUUACUGCUGAAUCCAGCUCCGCGGGCGUGAGCAUGGAAUCCAGCCACUACACUAAGAGUGGACAGCCUGCUCUGGAGGAGCUCACUGGGGAAGACCCUGAAGCUCGACGGCUGCGAACAGUGAAGAACAUCGCUGACCUGCGGCAGAACUUGGAAGAGACCAUGUCUAGUUUACGGGGAACUCAGGUCACACACAGCACAUUGGAAACCACAUUUGACACCAACGUCACCACGGAGAUAAGUGGGCGCAGUAUCCUCAGCCUGACAGGCAGACCCACUCCUCUGUCCUGGAGACUCGGCCAGUCCAGCCCCCGGCUCCAAGCGGGAGAUGCCCCCUCUAUGGGCAACGGGUACCCGCCUCGAGCCAACGCCAGCCGGUUCAUCAACACCGAGUCGGGCCGCUACGUGUACUCUGCCCCUCUGAGGAGGCAGCUGGCCUCCAGGGGAAGCAGCGUCUGCCACGUGGACGUCUCAGACAAGGCAGGAGACGAGAUGGACCUGGAAGGCAUCAGCAUGGACGCCCCCGGCUACAUGAGUGACGGGGACGUUCUGAGCAAGAACAUCCGGACUGAUGACAUCACAAGCGGGUACAUGACCGAUGGUGGACUUGGCCUCUAUACUCGUCGCCUGAACCGGCUCCCUGAUGGGAUGGCUGUGGUGCGGGAGACCCUACAGAGAAAUACCUCCCUGGGCCUCGGAGAUGCCGACAGCUGGGAUGACAGCAGCUCCGUCAGCAGCGGCAUCAGCGACACCAUAGACAACCUCAGCACCGAUGACAUCAACACCAGCUCCUCCAUCAGUUCCUAUGCCAACACACCUGCCUCCUCUCGCAAAAACCUCGAUGUGCAGACCGACGCUGAGAAGCACUCACAGGUGGAGAGGGGUUCCCUGUGGUCGGGCGAUGAUGUCAAGAAGUCAGACGGAGGGUCAGACAGCGGCAUAAAGAUGGAGCCAGGGUCUAAGUGGAGGCGGAAUCCCUCGGAUGUGUCUGACGAGUCUGACAAAAGCACGUCGGGCAAGAAGAAUUCUGUCAUCUCCCAGACGGGCUCGUGGCGACGAGGCAUGACGGCUCAGGUGGGCAUCACCAUGCCCAGGACGAAGGCAGCUGCCCCGGCAGGCACGCUCAAGACCCCAGGCACUGGAAAGACAGACGAUGCAAAGGUGUCUGAGAAAGGAAGGCUGUCUCCCAAAGCCUCCCAGGUGAAGCGGUCCCCGUCCGACGCAGGCCGCAGCAGUGGUGAUGAGUCCAAGAAGUCCCUCUCGGGCAGCUCCAGGACGCCCACUGCCAAUGCCAACAGCUUUGGGUUCAAGAAGCAGAGCGGCUCGGCCGCUGGUCUGGCCAUGAUCACAGCCAGUGGUGCUACUGUCACCAGCAGGUCGGCCACGCUGGGCAAGAUCCCAAAGUCGUCUGCGCUCGUCGGUCGGUCUACCGGCCGGAAGACGAGCAUGGAUGGGGCUCAGAAUCAGGACGAUGGGUAUCUGGCUCUCAGCUCCCGGACGAACUUGCAGUACCGGAGUUUGCCCAGGCCCAGUAAGUCCGCCAGCCGGAACGGGGCUGGGAACAGGUCUAGCACCAGCAGCAUAGAUUCCAACAUCAGCAGCAAGUCCGCAGGCCUGCCGGUGCCCAAGCUGAGGGAGCCUUCCAAAACGGCCCUGGGCAGUUCUCUGCCGGGUCUGGUCAACCAGACGGAUAAGGAGAAAGGCAUCUCGUCCGACAACGAGAGUGUGGCUUCCUGUAACUCUGUGAAAGUGAACCCAGCAUCCCAGCCUAUGUCCAGUGCGGCUCAGGCUGCUCUCCAGCCAGGGGCCAAGUACCCCGAUGUGGCCUCUCCCACGCUCCGCAGACUCUUUGGUGGGAAGCCGACCAAGCAAGUGCCCAUUGCCACAGCUGAAACCAUGAAAAACUCGGUGGUGAUCUCCAAUCCUCACGCCCCCUCCACCCAGCAAGGUAACUUAGAGUCCCCCUCAGGCAGCGGCGCCCUGAGCAGCGGGAGCAGCAGCCCUCUCUACAGUAAGAAUGUGGAUAGCAACCAGUCUCCUCUAGCCUCCAGCCCCAGCUCAGGCCACUCGGGCCCCUCCAACAGCCUCACCUGGGGCACCAAUGCCAGCAGCUCCUCGGCGGUCAGCAAGGACGGCCCGGGCUUCCAGUCCGUCAGCAGCCUCCACACCAGCUGCGAGUCCAUUGACGUCUCCCUGGGCAGCGGAGGGGGCCUGAGUCACAAUUCCUCCACGGGUCUCAUCGCCCCCUCUAAAGACGACUCCCUGACCCCCUUCGUCAGAACCAACAGUGUAAAGACCACACUGUCGGAAAGCCCUCUCUCUUCCCCUGCCGCUAGCCCUAAGUUCUGCAGAAGUACUCUGCCCAGGAAACAGGACAGUGACCCGCACCUUGAUAGGAACACUUUGCCUAAAAAAGGACUCAGGUAUACUCCCACCUCCCAGCUUCGCACACAAGAAGACGCAAAAGAAUGGUUACGGUCCCACUCUGCGGGAGGCCUACAGGACACCGCUGCCAGUUCCCCUUUUUCCUCUGGCUCCAGUGUAACUUCUCCCUCCGGAACAAGAUUCAACUUUUCCCAGCUUGCAAGUCCCACCACUGUUACCCAGAUGAGCUUGUCCAACCCAACCAUGCUGAGGACCCACAGCCUCUCCAAUGCCGAUGGGCAGUAUGACCCGUACACUGACAGCCGAUUCCGGAAUAGCUCCAUGUCCCUGGAUGAGAAGAGCAGAACCAUGAGCCGCUCGGGUUCAUUCCGGGAUGGCUUUGAAGAAGAAUUUUGGGAGAACAUAGCUGUGGGCUUCUUUGCCAGCUGUCUUCCUAACUCGGUUCAUCUCUCUGUCCCUUUGUUCUUUCACUUAAGGUGGGAGCUAGUUCACGGAUCCUCGCUCUCCUUGGUUUCCAGCACGUCUUCAAUUUAUUCUACGCCAGAAGAAAAAUGCCAGUCAGAGAUUCGCAAGCUGCGGCGGGAGCUGGAUGCCUCACAGGAAAAGGUUUCAGCUUUGACCACCCAGUUGACAGCAAAUGCUCACCUGGUGGCAGCCUUUGAACAGAGUCUUGGAAACAUGACAAUCAGGCUCCAGAGUUUGACCAUGACGGCUGAGCAAAAGGAUUCAGAACUGAAUGAGUUAAGAAAAACCAUCGAGCUGCUAAAGAAACAGAACGCAGCUGCUCAGGCUGCCAUUAAUGGAGUAAUUAACACACCAGAGCUCAACUGCAAAGGAAAUGGUACCUCCCAGUCUGCAGACCUCCGCAUCCGCAGACAGCACUCCUCUGACAGCGUCUCCAGCAUCAACAGUGCCACCAGCCACUCCAGUGUGGGCAGCAACAUAGAGAGUGACUCGAAGAAGAAGAAGAGGAAGAAUUGGUUACGCAGCUCCUUCAAGCAAGCCUUCGGGAAGAAGAAGUCCCCCAAGUCUGCAUCCUCUCAUUCAGACAUCGAGGAGAUGACAGAUUCUUCGUUGCCUUCCUCGCCAAAGUUACCACACAAUGGCUCCACGGGUUCCACUCCGCUGCUGAGGGGCUCUCACUCCAACUCCCUAAUUUCAGAGUGCAUGGAUAGUGAAGCCGAGACAGUCAUGCAGCUCCGAAAUGAGCUGAGAGACAAGGAGAUGAAGCUGACAGACAUCCGCCUAGAAGCCCUCAGCUCCGCACACCAGCUCGACCAGCUCCGGGAGGCCAUGAACAGGAUGCAGAGUGAGAUAGAGAAGCUGAAAGCUGAGAACGACCGGCUAAAGUCGGAGUCUCAAGGCAGCGGGUGCAGCCGGGCACCCUCCCAGGUGUCGCUCUCCGCCUCCCCUAGGCAGUCCAUGGGCCUCUCCCAGCACAGCUUGAACCUCACCGAGUCAACCAGCCUGGACAUGUUGCUGGAUGACACUGGUGAAUGCUCGGCUCGGAAGGAAGGAGGCAGGCAUGUUAAGAUAGUUGUCAGCUUUCAGGAGGAAAUGAAGUGGAAGGAGGAUUCCAGACCACACCUCUUUCUUAUUGGCUGCAUUGGAGUUAGUGGCAAGACGAAGUGGGAUGUGCUCGAUGGGGUGGUUAGACGACUCUUCAAAGAGUACAUCAUUCACGUCGACCCCGUGAGUCAGCUGGGGCUGAAUUCAGAUAGCGUUCUGGGCUACAGCAUUGGGGAAAUCAAGCGCAGCCACACCUCGGAGACCCCCGAGCUUCUUCCCUGUGGCUAUCUGGUCGGAGAGAACACGACCAUCUCCGUGACUGUCAAAGGGCUCGCGGAGAACAGCCUGGACUCGCUGGUGUUCGAAUCCCUGAUCCCCAAGCCCAUCCUGCAGCGCUACGUCUCCCUGCUGGUGGAGCACCGGCGGAUCAUCCUCUCCGGCCCCAGCGGCACUGGGAAAACCUACCUGGCCAACCGGCUGUCCGAGUACCUGGUGCUUCGGGAGGGACGGGAGCUGACAGACGGCGUCAUCGCCACCUUCAACGUGGACCACAAGUCCAGCAAGGAAUUGCGCCAGUACCUGUCCAACCUUGCUGACCAAUGCACCAGCGAGAACAACGCUGCGGACAUGCCCCUCGUCAUCAUCCUGGACAACCUGCAUCACGUCAGCUCCCUGGGCGAGAUCUUCAAUGGGCUGCUCAACUGCAAGGACCAUAAAUGCCCUUACAUAAUUGGCACAAUGAACCAGGCUACCUCUUCUACCCCCAACCUGCAGCUUCACCACAACUUCAGGUGGGUGCUUUGUGCCAACCACACAGAGCCCGUGAAGGGCUUCCUUGGCCGGUUCCUAAGGCGGAAGCUCAUGGAAACAGAGAUCAGUGGGCGGGUACGGAAUGUGGAGCUGGUAAAAAUCAUUGACUGGAUUCCCAAGGUCUGGCAUCACCUCAACCGCUUCCUGGAGGCUCACAGCUCCUCGGAUGUCACCAUAGGCCCCCGGCUCUUCCUGUCCUGCCCCAUCGAUGUGGAUGGCUCGAGGGUGUGGUUCACUGACUUGUGGAACUACUCAAUUAUCCCCUAUCUCCUCGAAGCCGUCAGAGAAGGACUCCAGCUCUACGGAAGGCGGGCCCCCUGGGAGGAUCCUGCCAAGUGGGUGAUGGAGACCUACCCCUGGGCAGCCAGCCCACAGCAACACGAGUGGCCCCCCCUGCUGCAGCUCCGGCCUGAGGACGUCGGCUUUGAUGGCUACUCCAUACCUCGGGAAGGGUCUGCGAGCAAGCAGGUGCCCCCCAGUGACGCUGAAGGAGACCCGCUGAUGAACAUGCUGAUGAGGCUGCAGGAGGCGGCCAACUACUCCAGCCCCCAGAGCUAUGACAGCGACUCCAACAGCAACAGCCAUCACGAUGAUAUCCUGGACUCGUCCCUAGAGUCUACUCUGUGACAGGGGCCAGCCAUGGAGCCCGCCCACCUCCCCCCGUCCUUGCCCUGCUCCACCUGCAUCCCCUGCACCAUCCUGAACAUGCCCUCCUGAGCCAGCCCCCCACCCCCCCCCACCCCCGGCCGCAGCGUGAGAGCUGCAGGGAUACCCAGACCCCUCAUCCUCCAGCCUUGGCCCCGGGUGCAGGCCUCCCGGGCCGGCCGCCUUGGGACCGCUUCCUUCCACAGUGAGAACUGCACUAUCUUCCGUUUAUUUUAAUUAUCGUUUGCCUUGUUGCUGUGACCUCCCUAAGACACUGAAGAUACUUCUCGGGAAAGGAUCGUCACCGUUGAAAUGAAAAGAUUAUAAAUGAAAAAAAAAAAAAAGGAAACCAAGAACCCACUAGAAGCUCUGAAACCAAACAGCAUCCUGCCAAGGAGCUGCCCAGGGCAGAAGAGGCCGGAACCAAGCUGGAAAUGUGGACUCCCUAGCUUCCACUCAGCACAGAAACCGCAACCGGGUGGUGUCGCCAGCACCCCCGCAUCUGCCUCCCCGCCUUCGACCCCGCCGACCCCGGAAGAGAACUGUGUUAACUAGGGCACUACAGAGCUACAACACAGGGAAACCUUAGGGAAAAGCAAAGCGCGCUUGCUGUUUUGUUUUGCUUUUUUAAAUGGUGCUCUCCUUACCCGAGAGGUAUUUUGCCUGUUCCAGUUCAACCACACCUUUCAGAUCCGUCAGCCUCCAGUCAAUCCCUACGUGUGAGCGGAGCUUGCGCGAGCCGAUGUGGCCGCGACGCAGACAGCACGUGUCUACUUCCUCCUCCUCUAGAAAUGAAUCAGGUUUUUCUUUCUGCAAACACUGUGUACAGUGAGAAUUGGUCUAUUUUGGAGAACUGGUUACCCCUUUGCCAGUGAGGUUGAGUUUCCCCCUUUCUGACUCUUUGAUUUUGAAGAUUUCCCCCCCCCCCCCCACCCCAGCCCCCCCCCCCUUUGGUCAGAAUCAGUCCUUUGGUGAAAGAAAGAACCGCAGGAGUUGAGUUUCGGUUUGGUCCUGCUGAGUUCUGGUUUUUCAGUUGUCCAUCCUCACGGUUUUACACCUCGCCGCCUCCUGCUGUGGCCGGGGGGUGGUUGUGUCCUUCCUGGUGGACCAGGACCCCAUCCUCCACGCGUGGGUGAGCCGGGACCUUGCCUUUCCUUCUCGUCCUUGAGGCUUCAGAACGCACAUUGACACCUCAGGCGUGCCAGCCCCAGCCUCAGGUGGGGGUGCUGAGGUCACCUCGCAAAAGACUUGCACUUUCCUCAGAACCAACGCGACGCAACUCAGCAAGGGGCCAGCGGCCGCUCCUUUCCAGAAGCCCCGGCCUCUGUCCGGACGAGUCUUGCCUGACCUCUUCGGUGCUGACCUUCCCAAAGCGAUGCCUUACUGGUUUUGUACUAACCGUGUUCAUUUACAAGUGUUGUGCCUGCCUGGGGUCCAUUUUUUGUUUUCCCCAUCAGCAAACAGGGCUAAAAAGUCAUCUACCCAUUAGGAGGACUCAAGUUGCUGUGACUUUUCUCAUCCAAAAGACUCAUUUGUGUGGAUGUGUGACCAUGAGAAAAAGAAGUAAAAAAAAAAAAAAAAGAAAAGAAGCAUUUUUUUUUUUUUUUUUUUAGGUUCUUCUCAGUCUCCAGCUAACACUCUGACUGGACAAUGAUCUGUCUUGUGCAGGAAAAGGCAAAAGUUCCUACAAGUUCACAUGACAUUGCUGAUACAUACCCUGCUAGUAUGCGUCUUCAACAUACUGGUAUUUUCUUUACGGAGAGUGGUAAAUCUUUAAGUUGUUUGUUUCUGCUUUAUAAAAAGAAUCUUUAUUGGACCCCAGUGGGGGUGUCUCUGUUAAUGAUCAGGGUUUUUAUUCCAUCUUUCCCAUUCCUAUUUCUGAAGGCCCAUCUCUAUACACUUUCAUUUUCUUAUCACAAGAACUUGACCUGAAACUGCUCACAUGAUAUUGGACGACACCAUUUUCUUCCUCCUUAAAGGAAAAGGAGAAUGUGUCCCACUAGCUGGUGAACGGAAAACCUCUCCGUGCCGACCUUGCUUUAUUCACCGUAAACUCAGACUCUUCUUGUGCGCAGGCUUCAUUAGCCAUCUGGGUGUGUGUGUCUUGUUCUGUUGUUUUUUUUUGGUUUUUUUUUUUCCAUAAAAAUUUGAAACCAUGAAUUUAGCCUGUGACCACGGGCCACACCCUGAGCCUUCUGGUAAACCUGAAGAGUGGUCCUUCUCAAUCUGUUUCCCAACGAUGACCUUACACGCUCAUACUGUGAAUUUGGGAGGAGGUAAAAUGGACUUCUCCUUGGGGGCAGUUUCCCCAGUCACCUUGUGAGUAGACACCUGUCAAUAUUGUUUGAAAGUUUUUAACUUUUUUUUUUUUUCUUUUUUAGUGAUACCUUCUCUUUCUCUUCUCCCCUCUCCUACAGACUUCCCUCCCACUGGGUCCAGGCUCAGAACCAAGAUCUCUGUCCCUGGUGCUGCCUGACUAGUGACUGGUGAUUUCAAGUAGCGUAGCCCUUGUGUGAUUCACAACUCGGUGUCCUUCCUAAAGUUUCGGGAAGCAGGGUUGUCUGAUAUGCACAAUUCUUAUUUUGGCCAUAUUUUACUUUAGUGUCACUCACCUUUGACAAAGUGGCUUUGUACUCAUUUAGGGCUCUGUCCAAAAUGCUUCCAUUUUGCCUUUUUCUACAGUUAGGCUAAUCUUGAAAUGUAUGAAAUUCUAUGCAACAUUUAUGUUGAGUUACCAAUGGAAGCCAAAAGUCUUCUUCCCAAACCGCCAAGAAUUAUACAGGCCAUAAAUGAGAGGGGAAUAUCUUUUAAUUUAAAUGUGGGGGUGGGGUAGGGGUGGGACAAGGAACGAGACUUACCUAGACCUUUGUUGUGUCUUGGGGACAUUUUUUAUUUUACUGUUGAUGCUUCAACUUCAAAAUUCUGUGUAUUCAAAUUUGAUCGUGGCGAAUCUACUUCAAAAGGAAAAACUAAUCCAACUUUGUGGAUAUUAAAUGGAAGGUUUGCUGUUUUAAUCUAGUUUCCAGUGGAGCAGUUUAUGAAAUAUGUCCUAUAAGAUGUACAUUUUUUCAUUGUAACAUAGAAAUUGUAAAUAAUUGAUUAAAGUGCUGCAUUUUGAUGAAUUUUUUCUAGCCAUUUUUAAAGAGAAAACUAGGAAUUGAGUAUUUUGUGUACGGUAUGUUUCCUUCCUCCUUCCCUCCCUCCCUCCCUAUUUAAUUUUC